AAUUCUACUCUCAGGUCUUCCCAAAGCUCUCCUAUUUUCACUCGAUACUAAAUCACCAAUCCACGCAUACAAAUGGCCACUCCAAAGUCUGCUCCUAAAACCAAGCGCGCCAGCACCUCCCACCGCAAGCCGAAGCGCAGCUGGAACGUGUACGUUAAUCGCUCUCUCAAAGCCAUUAACAAGCAGAUGAGCCUGAGUGGCCGCACCACGAAGAUCGUGAACUCGUUUGUGAACGACAUCUUCGAGCGCAUUGCGACGGAGGCCGCAACGUUGGUGCGGGUGAACAAGAAGCGCACCCUGGGAGCCCGCGAGCUGCAGACGGCCGUCCGUCUGGUGCUCCCCGCCGAGCUCGCCAAGCACGCCAUGGCGGAAGGCACCAAGGCCGUUUCCAAUGCGGCCCACUAGAAGGCGAUUAACAGAUACGAUAGUAUCUGCUAAUUUUCCUUCACCCCAUAGAGUUUUUCUUUUUUAUUUUCUUAUAUAAAUCGUUAUUAUGAUAUUUACCUCUUUUUCCUUACUGAGAUAAAUUACACGACAACGCCGGCUCAUGCAGGCGCAGCAUUCCAUCAGGGGAUCGUGUUU